AUGAACGGCAUCUUCAUCGCAGACCUGGUCUUUUACCUCAUCCUUCUUCACCCAGUUCUCUACAUCCUUUGGACCCGCCGUGCAGGCGGGCUUCUGGCAUGGUACUACCUAAGUAUCUUCUGCGUCGCCCGUAUCGUGGGCGGUGCGAUGGGAGUACACAAUAGCCAGAGUCUUGCGGCAAAUAUCCUUGUCGGCGUGGGCAUCUCGCCGCUCAUCCUAGCCAUCGAUGGCUUACUUCAUGAAGCCCGCUUCUAUCGUAAGCCCGGCAGACAGUGGCUAGGUUGGGCCGUGGUGACUCUAGCGACAGCGAUAAUGGGAGCAGCCCUCGCGCUCGCUAUCACAGGCGCCUUGGACAUCUAUAAGGGUCACCCCAAGCUGGACAGCCUCGAUCAUUGGAUUACUGGCACGGGGCUGAUGCUCUUGGUCUGGGGAUUGGAGGUGAUCUGGGCGUGUGUGCUGCUUCUUCCCGCGCAGCGACGGAAGGAUGGCUUCUCGUUUCAGAUUGGCACCACGCUGUUACAAGGAGGGUUUCUAGUCUUGCUUUUCGUGGGGAUUCGGGUUAUUUACCAGUUGAUUGCGGUUUGCACGCAGCGCAAAGAUCUCAGCUCCAGUACCGGCAGUAUGGCGGUGCGGGUGGUUCUGGUGUUCCUGCCUGAAGCAUUUACGGUUCUGUCAAUGGCGCUUGUUGGGAUCCAGACGAGGAAUGCCCACCGGAGUUAG